GCUCUGCCCAAGGCCCCGCCUAGGCCCGCCUUCGCCAUGUUCUGCGGUGGCUGGGUAUGGUGGCCUGAAGAUCCGGCGUUCCCUGUUUCCUCCCUCAUUGAGCCCUCCCCUUGGCCCGCGCGCCUUCUGCUCGCCCGGGAGGGGAUCGGGUUAAGGCUGCCAGGGGCUCAGCUCUGCUCACAUGGAUGGGACAGAGACCCGACAGCGGAAGCCAGAGGAGCUGGCUCUGCCACACGCCUUCAGCCCUGGAAGACUCUCUGGAGCCUCAGAAGAUGGACCUCCGACUGUGUCUGAGAGGCACAGGGUGGUCUCUAAACCACUGGGGUCUGAGUUCAGCAGGGAGACUGCCUUGUCCAUUGGCCUUCAGGUGAUGGUGCCCUUCAUGUUUGCAGGACUGGGACUGUCUGGGGCUGGUAUGCUUUUGAACUAUUUCCAGCAUUGGCCUGUGUUUGUGGAGGUUAAAGACCUAUUGACGUUGGUGCCACCCCUGGUGGGCCUGAAGGGGAACCUGGAAAUGACGCUGGCGUCACGACUCUCCACUGCUGCCAACACUGGACAAAUUGAUGACACCCAAGAACAGCACAGAGUUAUCAGCAGUAACCUCGCCCUCAUUCAGGUGCAGGCCACUGUUGUGGGGUUCCUGGCUGCUGUGGCUGCCCUGCUGCUGGGUGCUAUGUCUAGGGAGGAGUUGGACUUUGUGAAGGUGGAGUUGCUGUGUGCCAGCAGUGUCAUCACCGCCUUUCUCGCUGCAUUUGCCUUAGGAAUGCUGAUGGUCUGCAUAGUAAUUGGUGCUCGGAAGCUUGGGGUCAAUCCAGACAACAUUGCCACGCCCAUUGCUGCCAGCCUGGGAGACCUCAUCACGUUGUCCAUCCUGGCCUGUGUUAGCAGCUUCUUCUAUAAACACAAAGAUAAUCGUUACCUGACGCUGCUGGUCUGUAUCAGCUUCAUGGCCCUGAUCCCCUUGUGGGUCCUCAUUGUCAAGCAGAACCCGCCCAUCAUGAGGAUCCUGAAGUUCGGGUGGUUCCCAAUCAUUCUAGCGAUGGUCAUCAGCAGUUUUGGAGGGCUCAUCUUGAACAAAACCAUUUCUAAACAGCAAUUCCAAGGCAUGGCCAUAUUUACUCCCAUCAUAUGUGGUGUUGGUGGCAAUCUGGUGGCAAUUCAGACCAGCCGGAUCUCCACCUACCUGCACAUGUGGAGCACACCUGGUGUCCUACCCCUCUGGAUGAAACAAUACUGGCCUAAUCCAUGCUCCACUUUCUGCACCUCAGAAAUUAAUUCCGUAUCAGCUCGAGUCCUGCUCUCCCUGGUGGUUCCGGGCCAUCUGAUUUUCUUCUAUAUAAUUUACUUGGUGGAAGGCCAUUUGGUCCCACAAAGUAAGAUGUUUGUGGUGUUCUAUCUGCUAGCAAGUCUGAUGCAGGACAAGCACCUGUUCUGCACAUCUCUCAGGCUGUGUAGCCCUGAAUGUGUCAACUGUCCUAACAAAGAUGAGUUCACAGGCCAACUUGAGCAAGCACUAGCUGUGAAGAUGAUGUGAUAUUAAACUGGUCUGAAAAGCAGCAUGGGAACAGCAAACCGAUCUGAAUUGUUCAGGUUAAAAUAUUCCAGUUGAGAGUAACAUUGAGAUACAGGAGAGGAAAAAAUGUGUAAUGACCAUCUAAUGCACCUGCAUGAGUCAAUCAUGUCUGGUGAGUGGACAGGACCAUCAGUGAAGAAUUCAGAUGAAGACUAAGGACAUGAACAACAAUAAAGAAGUCAGGCUCAACUCAAAGUUCAGAGGAACUGAAAUGCCUCAAUUUGUAUUCCUGCAAAAUAACUGACAGUGAUUUGUCAACCGUCAUGCUCGGUGUGCCAUGUUGUCUCUAGCAUACUUCCUUAUGAGGAAGUAGUGAAGGGCCCAAAACUUCAGUAUUUUUCAGAAAUAAUUUCAAACUCUGUAGGUACAACUUGUAAAUAGCACAGCCCUGAUUCUAUUAUGUCUUGUCCUUGUCUUGAACUUUUUCCACUUUUCCUUGCUUUUGGUGAUUCUUUCUCUUUGUUUUUAUUCCACACAGCUAGUUCAGACCGCUGCCACCACCUACCCCCUCAGCAGAGCUCCCCCUGUGGUGUCUACCACCCCCACCACUGACAGCUCCCGUGCUCCUUAGUCCAGGGACUGAGUUUCUGGCUCAGAGCUUUCCUUUUUCCAGGCUCCCAGAGGCUUUAAGUGUUGCAAUGACCAGUGUUUUGUUAUGUGUAUUUUCCACAAUUUAAAAAAUAAGGGACUUGGUGGCACAUGGAUAUAUAUAUGUCUGUGUGCAUAUAUAUUUUUAAUAUUAUGUACAUAUAAUAUUAAGGUGAGUAAUAAAGCACUGGUAUAUGUUAAAACAUGGGUGAGCCUUAGAUACAUGAUGCUAAGCAUAAGAAAGAAGGCAGACAUACAUGGUUACAUAUUUUAUUAUUCCAUUUACUUAAAAUAUUCAGAAUAGGCAAAUCCAUAGAGGGAAAAAAAGCAUAUUGGUGAUUGCCAGGGGUUGGGAGGGGGGUGGAAAAGGAAGUGAUCAUUUAAUCAGGGCUGGGUUUCUCUUCCCCACUCCAACUUUACUGAAAUAUGGUUGACAUACAACAUUGUAUAGUGUAAGAUGUACGAUGUGAUGAUUUGAUAUGUGUACAUAUUGUGAAAUGGUUAUCACUGUAAGAUUAGUCAAGGCAUCCUUUUUUCACAUAAUUAUCAUUUUGUUGUUGUUGUCAUUAUGGUGAGAACAUUAAAGCUCUACUUUUACAGUUAACUUUCUUGUAUACAACAGAGUAUUGUUAAAUAUGACCACCAUGCUACACACUAGAUGCCCUGAACCUGGGUUUCUUUUUGAGGUGGUGAUAAUGUUCUGGAAUUAGACAAUUAUGAUGGUUUGCAUAACUUCCUGAAUAGACUGUAAAUAACUGAAUUGUACACUUUUAAAAGAGUAGAUUUUGUGGUAUGUGAAUUAUAUCUCAGUUUUUUUUAAGCUGUAUGGAUAAAUAAAUAACUCAUUUGGGAAAAAAGUUAACUUAUAAAACAUAUAUAUUCUGGGCGCUUUAUUUGGUCCCUGUCUACUAACCUCCCUAGACAUCAGUAAAGACCACCCAAAUGAGAACACACACUGUUCAUUCAGAGCUUGCUCUAAAUAGCAAGGGACUCAGCCAUGACCAUGUGCUCUUUUGGAAGAGACUCAAAGGCAUAGGGAGAAGUAGAAAGCUUUCUGGGGUGAAAAGGAAUGUGCAGCCUGAUCAGAGGUUGUGACUGGGGAAGCAGGAAGCAGGUUGGCUGGAAGAAGGCAUUUUAUGUGAUUAGUUAGCUUUCCUAACUUAGAAUCAGGAUUAAAAAUGAGAGGAACUCCAAGGCUGGUUGCUUCAGGUUGUGGGUUAGGGCUUCUCAGGUUGGAGCAAGCAAUUCACAUUCUGAAAGAUACAGAAAAUUCCAUGUACUGAAACCCCCUCUUGCACUGUCUUCAAUAAAUUGUACACUGUCAGUGGAUAGAGAAAUUUUAUGCAGUCAACCACAAUUAACUACAAAAAUGGUAACAAUGACAAGAGUGAUGAGUAACAACAGUGAUACUUAUUAUGAUUACUCUAAACCUCAGGAUCUAUCACUUUGCCAGUCCUCACCUUAAAGUAAAUAGCAAAUAUGAUCAUAGGGAAGAAGAUGGCGGCGUAGGAGGAUGGUGGUCUCACCACGCGUCCUGCUGAUCACUUAGAUUCCACCU